AUGCUUUUCGUUUCAUUAGCUUUGAUCGCGCUGGCGACAGUCAGCGGUCAACAAGAAGGAGAGUCUUGUACGGAUGUGAUCACGAAAGCAGUUGGCCGAUGUAAGCCUCUGAUCCAAUGUGAAAUAGGCAAAAUUGACUACAUCACACUUGGAAAAAAACCGACAUUCUGUUCGUAUCGCGUUCAUGGGCAGCCUGUGAUCUGCUGCAGAGAAGAAUUUAUCACGACAGCAGAGAAUCCCAGCCAUAAUGAACAAAUUCCUGUUGGGACCAAUGGAGAAAAAGUUACAAGAAGACUGAGUGAGAGAAAAUGUGAAGAGUACAGCAGUUUUGCACCUAAAGAGGUACCCAUAGCGCUCCUCCCGGAUCCAGCGCCUACGCCCAUUACAUGUGAUUAUGACUUUAUUUCUAUCGGAGGGGACAACGCUAGACCCGGACAGUAUCCACACAUGGCUGCUAUAGGUUGGUUGGACUCCAACAACAAAUACGUAUUUUCCUGUGGAGGAAGUCUCAUUAGUCCUAGGUUCGUUCUUACCUCUGGACAAUGCAGCAGUAAGAGGGGCUCGAAGGACCAUGCACCUGCUAUUGUAAGGCUCGGUGACCAGAAUCUAGAUGAUAAAGUUGAUGAUGGAGCAAGCCCUAUUGACGUACCAAUCCGUCACAUUCACAAACAUCCAGAAUUUUUACCACCAAAGGCUUACAACAACAUUGCACUUCUGGAACUUGCAACAGAUGUCGCUUUCAAUAAUUACAUUCGCCCCGCCUGUCUCUGGACGAAGCCAAACUUUCCAGGAUACAAUAACGCUGUUAACUCUGGGUGGGGAGAAUCUUAUUCGGCAAAUAAAGAGAUGACUAAACAGCUAAAGAGAGUCGUACUGUUAUUGUUGGAGAAUGACAUUUGCCAGUCUAUGCUGCCAGUGCCUGCCACCUAUCAGAUCCUUAUGAACACCCAGGUGUGUGCUGCAAAACUUGGCGCACAGGAUUUUUGUCAGGGUGAACCCGGAUCUCCGCUCCAAGUGACCUCAAAGGACUCGCCGUGUAUCUUCCACAUAAUUGGAAUUACAUCACUCGGAAGGACAUGUGAAGACAACAAGAGACCUUCGGUAUACACUAGGGUCUCGAGCUAUCUGGACUGGAUAGAGAAGAUAGUAUGGCCUAAUGAAUAA